AUGCUAAACCGAGGAUUGGACGCUGCACACCCCGUGGGGGGAAGGGAGGAAGAGCAAGCGAACAACGUGAACUCAGUAGAAAACCGUGAUGAGGAGAACGAAGACGAGAACAAUGAUGGGGAGAACAAAGUACAAAACUGCGAUGAAGUGAAGAAAGAGAACUCCAAGUCCGAGGACUCGGCAACCGAAAUGGAUGAAUUGUGCUCCGUGGCUAAGGCAAGGGCACGCCCCGGCGGACGCCUCAGAGACGUCAAACUGUUUUGCAAAAUGAAGAAGAAGUACUUGUACCUUAAGCGGAUGAAUUACCUGUCGUACACGUACCAGAGAAUGAAGCGGAAAAACAGAAAGCACGGGGAGGGCCCGUCCAACACCACAUGGAAAGGCAUAAAUCGCUUGGCGAACUGUGGGUACAAAACCUACGCUAAGGUGAAGGCUCACCUGAGAAGUGCCUUCCCCAAUGUGAAUGUUAAGCACUGUCUGUAUGUGCUUGCAAUGUACCUGCUAAUAAACGUGGCGAUGUUUGUUUUGUCUCUGCUCCUCUAUUUUUUUUUAUAUUUUUAUUUAAUCCCCCAGAAUAAGUAUGUGUACCCGGUCGAGUUGUCUCUUUCUAAAAGUCCCAUAGAUGAGUACUUGCGUAGGGAGCGCUGUGAGCACGCGGGGGGGUGCAAUAGCGUGGAUCAUAACGAGGACAGCACCGUGGAAAGAGCCACGUUUAACCAGAAAAACACCAUGGGUGAGCCGCACGAAACGUACCUGCAGCAUUUAAAGUCGCUCCAAAGCGAAAUUUUAAGCAGCAUAAAGAGGAAGGACACAUGCUGUUGCCAGAACAGAUGGAAAAACACAACUAUGGACAAGUAUCCAUUUUUUGGCAAAGGAGAAAAUAAUCCAAAAAGAGGGGAAAAAAUGCACCACUUUGAUAACGAAAUGGAGUAUGCAUAUUUGCAAAAUAAUAUAUUAACAGGUCAGGUGAAUUUUCAAAAAUGGGGAGGCAAAAAUAAUUGGCACAACGAUCAUAAUAUUUUUCAUUUUUUCAUUCCUUUUUUAAAGAAGAAAGAAAUUAGCAAAUUGAAAAUAAAAGAAGGAUACAAAGUCGACAUUCUUUUGAACCUGUCCUACAUGAACAAUGACUACAACGACAAAUUAAAUUUUAUCCAAUUGCAGACGGAGGUACUUGACACGAAUGGGGAUAUCCUUUUUCGAAACGAAAAGCUACACAUAAACAAUAGAAAUUAUGAUUUCAUAAACAAACUGCAUUUAUUUUUUAACACCCCUUUUUAUUUCUUCAAUGUUCUUAAUCGGAGAAAAAUGGAAAUCUGCCUAGUUGAUGGAUACCAAUAUGGUCCCCAUUUUGGGAAAAUCAACAUUUAUCUGUAUCCCCCCAUGCAGAUUUAUGAAGCCUAUAUAGUCGUGCUUGUGUACGUCAAUUUUGUAUACUACUACAUGUAUAAUUAUCCCUUUCUCUUUUUUUACGUGUUUGUUUUUGUGUUGAGUGCCUUACUCAUUUUCGUUAACACGAUCCUCUUUGUGUUGGGAGUCCUGUGCUACUACUUGUUCGGCUGA